UGACGGUGGUGGACAAUCAGAACAAUUAACAUUUGAGAAAACCCCUUUGAAAAUAAUUCCUCUGGUAAUUUUGUCAUAAAUAACCCCGGCUAAAGACAUCUAAUGAUUGCUAUCUCAUUUCCACGCUACCAGUACAUUCAAAACCAUGACCGGAGUCAUGUUGCAGGGGCCCAAGUUGUCCGAUAAAGAUGUGCAACACCUUCAACCCUGACUCAAGCCGCCACAACUUCUCGGAGGAUCUUGGGUGAAACAAAAAAAAACUAUAUACAAGUAUCAAUAUUAAUAAAUUAUUUGAACAGGUCUACCAGAGGAAUUUACGGUGUCUUCUCAAGGAGAGGUUAUUCCCGAUUUGGAAAUUUUGGAUCGAGUUGGCCGCGAGGGCAGGUUUUGGUUGUCAGGAACUAUGGCAUCAUGCGAUACAGCAGCGCACCAGACAGACAGACGACGGACAUGUGCAAGAGUGCGAACCCCCCCCCCCCUUUGCUCGUGACUUCCCACGAUUUCUCGGUUAUGUACGAGUGCCGGUGCCGCACGUACAAACGGAUGGGCCUCUGGCCUCAUGCACACGUUUCGAAUCCCUGAUUCGUUGAUCGGGCUGGCUGGGAUGUUCGCUGUUCGAGAAUAUGGUACGGUACGGUACUUGUAGCGGUGCGGUGAUCCCCCUUGUUUAUUUGCAUGACCGAUGCUCCAUCUAUCCAUCCUAGCGCUCUACAAGUGCUUGUAAGGCCUUUCCUUGAUACACUGCUCUACCCUACAGUACUCAAAGCGCAUACCGGCACUUAUAUUCCUUCUCCUGACUCACCAAAACCAUCGCGCAGCAUCAUCCUAACCGGCUUACAAGGUUACGCCCGUCGACUAUGGUGCAGUACUAGUACCGGUAUAGUGAUAGGCGCCCGAUAAUUAUAAUAUUUCCAAUAUAAACGAGAAAGAAGAAAAAAAAAGUUUGGUCGUCCAAAGGUUUUUUCCCUCAAGGCGAAAUGGAAUGGGGCGGAGGGGCACGGGCGCCAAAGAUAGAAAAAGUGUCCUUAAGUCCGUCCCGACACCCACCACCUUAGGAGGGAGGGAGGGAAUGUUACAUGCGGUAGGGCAAUUAUUAUAAAAACGUCUCCGGUGAGGUUGUGAUCGAUGGGUGAAAAAGGUUGAUCCGAUCGAAAAAUGCGGGUGCAAAAAAAAAAAAAAAAAAAACAAGGUCCUCCGUGCAAUAAGGCUAUUCUUCAGCAUACAGCCUAAAUCAGAAGUUUCCUGGAUAUCGUCAUACUCGAGGUCGGCCUUUUCCAAAAAGAAUUAAAGAUUAAAAUUAAGAGGGCCAACGUCAUACUUGUAGAGGAUGAGAGGAGGAAGAAAGAAAAAGAAAGAAAAAAAAGUCAAGAUAGUAUGCCGCGAUCACAGGUCAUGACCGACUGAAGACCUUUUCGUUCUUCCCUUCAUUAUAUUGAGAGUCCCUGAGCGCCUCAUCAGCAGACCAAUGACUCAAAGGGUCGAAACAACCUUUGGAAAUAGAUUGGAAAGAAGGUGUUGCCUCUUUGCCCUCCAACCAUCCUGCAGGAGCCGUAAAGUUGACAUUCCGACGGUGAGAUCCAAACGAAUGAAAAGUGCCGGUAUCGUGUACCUGAUGAGUCGUAGCUGUAGAUGAAUGCCAGGUGAGGCUGAGUUCAUCCGAAAAUAUACUCCAUCAUCCAUCCGUCCAUUCAUCUACGGUAUCCCAUCCCCAUCUAUCCAUGCGUCCGUGCUGUACUCCCCCAAUAACGAGGACGAGGAGCAGAGUUCACAUCACAUGAAAUCAACCCCCGCCGAGAUGAGAUAAAGGGAACCCGACCACUGAACAAAAAAAAACAAGUGGAAGAGGUCUGUGAAUGAGUCAACGAGAUUAAUGAGGGAGAAACCUGCUCCCCCCCCCCGCGUUGUAACUCUAAACGAAAUCGAACGUAUCAGACGCGCGCACGGGGAAAAAAAAAAAACCAAAGGCGGAGACCACGGAGGCGAAUCCAAGAAACCGAAUAGAGUGGGCGAAGCAGGAUGGCGAGUUGUCCGGACCGUGCCAAGUAAUGUUCGGAGCAGCCCCAUCCCCUUCCCGUAUACACGUAAGUGUUUGCCAUAACCACGCAAUCCCGCCGUCCCCUCAUACACGGGCGGAGGGAGGACGGACCCAAUCGCACCGAACCCGCGGUCGAAUACGACGGAAGGCCGCCGGAGGCAUACGGACGGGGUAGACCCGAGACGAGGUGGGCAAGAGGACAAAGGGAAAGGCGGUAGAACAGGGCCAAACGCGCGUCGCCUCGCCGUGACUCACAUCAUAGCACAGCCUCGUUUGUUCAAGCGUGUGGGGUGUGCAAGCAACUAAACUCGUCAGUUAGUGUAUGGAUGGAG